AUGAGAAAAUUUGCAUAUUGCAAGGUGGUCCUAGCCACCCCCUUGAUUUGGGUACUUUUGGAUAUGUUCCUGCUGCUUUACUUCAGUGAAUGCAACAAUUGUGAUGAAAAAAAGGAGAGAGGACUUCCUGCUGGGGAUGUUUUAGAGCCAGUACAAAAGCCUCAUGAAGGUCUGGGAGAAAUGGGGAAAACCAGUCGUCAUUCCGAAAGAGGAUCAAGAAAAGAUGAGAGAGAUGUUUAA